AUGUCGGUGGCUGAGGUGAAGAAGACGGCGUGCGUCACCGGAGGGAGCGGCUACAUCGCUUCAGCACUCAUCAAGCUGCUGCUCGAGAAAGGCUACGCUGUCAAGACGACUGUCAGAGACCCCGAUAACGUGGAGAAGAACUCCCACCUCAAGGACUUGGAAACACUUGGCCCCUUGGAGAUCGUCCAUGCUCAGUUGGAUGAAGAAGGCAGCUUUGAUAACGCAGUUUCCGGCUGUGACUACGUCUUCCUCGUCGCAGCUCCGACGAACCUCGGAUCAGCAGAUCCUGAGAGAGAUCUGAUCGAAGCUGGUGUGCAAGGAACACUUAACGUGAUGAGGUCCUGCGUGAGAGCCGGGACGGUGAAGCGGGUGAUACUGACAUCGUCAGAUGCCGCGGUGUCGAGGAGGCCGCUGCACGGCGGCGGCCACGUGCUGGACGAGAGCUCAUGGUCCGACGUUGAGUAUCUCAGAGCCAACAAGCCACCAACUUGGGGAUACGCGGUUUCCAAGGUGGUUCUGGAGAAGGCGGCGAACGAAUUCGCGGAGGAGAACGGCAUCAGCCUUGUCACCAUGUUGCCCGUGUACACCUUGGGUGCGUCGCCGGACUCCAAGGCCAGAACCAGCGUGCCCAUCACCCUCUCCCUGUUGUCCGGCGACGAGAAACAGCUGGGCAUCCUGUUAGGCCUGCAGGCGGUCACAGAUGACUCCAUGGCGAUAUGCCACGUAGACGACCUCUGCCGUGCCAAGCUGUUCGUCGCCGAGAACGAGUCAUCGGCAGGUAGGUACAUCUGCUGCAGCCACAACACCACCAUCGUGCAACUCGCGCGUCUCCUUGCGGAGAAGUACCCAGAAUACAACGUGAAACCCGAACGGUAUGUGAACCGGUUGUCUAAACUACUCUACAGUCUACACAGACGCAUGUUUAUUUUUUUGCUGGUUUACCAACAUCCACAUAUGUUUUGCAGCUUUGAUGAGUACCCAGAUGAGCCGAGAGUGUGUCUGUCGUCGGAGAAGCUCAUCGGGGAAGGAUUCGCGUUCAAGUAUAAUGACCUGAGUGAGAUCUUCGAUGACCUCGUCGAGUACGGCAGGACCACAGGGAUUCUUCCCUACUGA